UGUGUCCUUCGACUGAACACGUUUAGCAGAUUGGGUAAUAUGUCUUCCUGCAACGUUUUUGUGUUGUGUAUAGUAUAUUCCAUAAUACUCAUGGUAGAGGCUCAUGGGCCUCCAAAGGAGAGAGAUAAUGAAGACAUUGCGAUGGGGCGGAAGGUAAAAAAAAUGGGCGCCAAGUGGUGCAGUAUGGCGAAGGUGUGCAACCACGACCGCGUUCCAAUCUGCGGCCUGAGCCACGCCGGAGACAUCAUGGGGUUCAGGGAUCUCUGUGACAUGUUCGACUAUAACUGCAUCAGGAGGAGAAAUUACAAGCAGACGCCAUGCCCCGACGACCGCACCCAGCUGACCGUCUCCCGCCGACCCACCAACAGCUAUUACGAUGAUUAAACUAACUAUGUAGUUAAAUAACCCAUUCAUUGAAUAUUCCAUUU